AUGUUUCUCCAAGUCGCACUUGUCCUACGAAUCGAAUUAUGCAGCGAAUGUUCCUUUGUGCGCUUCCAGCGUCUCUUUGUUGCCGGCGAUCCUCGACUGAAGAUCUGUAUUGACAUUGGUCAUGUGAUAUGGAAUCUGCCGCCUCUCGACACCAUCUUUUGUUUUCCCCUCGAGCAGUUUCCCGCCGACUCUUUUGACGCCUCUACUUUUGAUAGGCCCGAGUUCAAGCGAUCCGCAGGGUCGACUGUCAAGUGCCGCAAAACGCCUUUUCUUCUUCCAAGUCGUUUUCAGUCUUUGGGACGUUUUUAGCCGAGAUAGUUUCGUUUGCUAAGUGAUGAAUCGCAAUCGUUUCCGAGCUGAAUCAGUUUUAUUUUGUUGUGAAGGUUUAUUGUUUAUCUGGUUUACAAUCGGAACACGACUCGCCCUCGGAAAGCAAACGACGUUGUUCAAAACUUCUUUUUCCAGAUGUUUAUUGCGAAAAAUAAAUUUUCCAAAUCUCUCGAUGAUUUUACUGAUAUUUGAAGUUUAAGAAUAAACUAUUCACGAAAAUAGCUGUAUUUUAAAAAUGGAAACUUUGAGGAGUUGGACUUAGAGGGCUGCUCUCAGUGCUGACAGAGGAUAAACUUUUUUUUUGAAAAGCAUAGAAGUUCUAUGGUCUGGGAACGAAGGUCUGGGAACUUCCUAAUUAUAUUGGCGUAUCGCAAAAAAGCUUUUCAAUUCUUCUAAACACUCCGAUAACAGUCUAUUCAUGAGAAUAACGUAAAAAUAAGGAAAAUGAAACCAAUCGUAUUACAUCUAUCCAAUAAUUAUAAAGUUUUCCUCACGAUCGUUUUUUCAUAGGACUCUCAGGAAACGACCACCCGAAAGCUCGCCCGAGAUGUUUGUCUCUGAAAACGACCUUUUCCGGAGAGCCGUUCCUCUUGGAGCCGGCGUCGAGGCCAAUCGGACUCCGAGUCGUCUGGAGCCGCGUUAUCUGGCGAGCCUAUCAAAUAGAUCAAUGCAUGGAAUGA